UGAUGUGAUUGAAGUCUAUAUAAACCAACAAUCUACUCCUUCACCUCGAUCUACUCCAACCACGACCACCGCCGCCGUCACCAAUUCGAUGACCACGACGACCAGCCAGCGGAGACAGGCCAUGGCGACCUGCAGCCAUCUGCUCCUGGCGCUCGUCGUCGUUGCCGCCGCCGUUGAUUCCACCGCGGCGUUCGAUCAGGAUCACACGCCGUUCAAGCCGAUCCCGGACCUCUCCGUCCCGCGCAUCCAGGAGCUCGGCCGAUGGGCCGUGCAGCAGCACAAUGAUCAGACGGGCGACCGCCUGACGUUCACCAGAGUGAACGGCGGGCAGUUCCAGAUUGUUGCGCCGGCGCUCAACUACCUGCUUGCGAUUGACACGACGAACGUCGACGGCACGGCCAGCACGCACUCCGCCCUGAUCUUCGUGCAGUACUGGACCAACACGCAACGGCUCGACUCUUUCAACUGA